AAGACUUAGAGGUGAACACCGGCAUUGAAUCCCCACACUACACGCGUCAAGUCAGGUCAGCUUUCUUUCUUCCCAUGGUUGUUACUUCUUACCCUUCACGGUCCAGAUAAACAAUAAAUGACUGUCGACAUGCAUUUAUUUAAGUGAGGUGUUAGUCACCACGAAGACUCUGCCAUGUUAGCGAUAGGAGUUUGAAUGUCUUUUAACCUUGGCCGAGCUACUUCACGGUGAAGUGUUUACAUUGAAUGACGUCAUAGCUCCACGACACGCCCCCACUUAACAUUGAAGUGAUUACAUUGGGUCAAGUCAGCGUCGUAGCUCCAAGACAUCGUCAGUAAGAUUCAGUAUUACUGCAUUUCUACAAGUUAUGAGGGCGCUUCUGAAAAAGCUGCAUCGCAUAUUUGUCAAACUCGCCUGUUUCCCAAGCACUUACGGCCAUUCGACGCCUCGUCCCGCCGCUUCGGAGGUGCUCACCUGUCACCUGCGGCAGAGGAAGCUCCCGCCCUGGACAUCUUUCUGUGUGCGCUACUCUGCCGUUCAAAAUGACCAGUUUGGACUGUCCAACUUUAACUGGAGCGUCCAGGGAUCGAACUAUCACAUACUGAGAACAGGCUGCUUCCCCUUCAUUAAGUACCACUGUACCAAAGCACCUCCACAGAGCCUGCACUUCGAGGAUAGGUUUUUCACCAUGCUCAAAGUCAUCAAUCUAGGUGUCCCAUGUUUGGCCUAUGGAAUCGGUUGUUGGAUGGUUGUGGGUGCUGCUGAAACAGUUCAUACAAGCCUUGGUCCUGUCACAGUCUAUUUUGCUUACAAGGAAGACGAAGGUGCUCAAUAUUAAGCCUAACAAUUCUAGAUGAUUUCAUGUUCUUUAUUUAAAUUUACCAAGAAGUGGAGAUGUUGCUGAAAGUGUCAUUCUCAGUAUGUUGUGGUUUUUGUGUAAUUAUUUAAAAAAAAAAAAAAAAAAAAUCAUGUUGCAAAGGAGAAGUUGCUUCUGCAUGUCAUUGAACGGACAAGAGUGAUGAGCCAGCUCAACAUAAAUAAUAAAAAUAAAACAAAAUAAAAAAAAGAAUAUAUAUAUAUAUAUAUAUAUGUUAUUAUCCAAACAACUCGCCUGUUAUAUGCCAUCCUACAACAACUCCACUUCAAGUGACUCCAAAAUUAUGACAUUUAAUAUAAACAAUAUCAUGUGGUGUCAUUUAUACACACAAUAAUAACUUUUUGCUCCAGUGACCACUACAAGAAUCUAAAUAACCCUAACUUGUUUAUUUGAAGGUAAAUUAGUGAUCACCCGCCAUGCAGCAGCUAUUCAAUAGUGUUAGAGGUAACCAUGACAAGACAGGUUCUGAUAAAAUAGGUUUUAAUUACCAAUGUGCGGCUCAUGGACAGAGACGUGUACAUGUCUUCCUCCGGGCCUUCUGUCUUUGAUUUCUAGUAAUGUGCUUUGCUGACAGUGCUGCUCCUUUUUGGAGAGGCAGCGUGACAAACAGCCACAUUGAUUUCCUCACCGUUAGGCAUGUCCUACUAAUAGCAUUUAUCAGCGACCUCAAUUUUCUGCCUCUGGCCUCCUCAUUUUUGCCACAAUGAAAGAGAAUGAACAAUUUAUUAUCGUACAUGUUAAUCAAUGCCGCCUUUUGACCUUUCCCUUCGCACUGGAAGGUUACAACAUCAGCAGACACACCUCUUUGGUUGUAAUACUUGCUUUGUCAAAAGCAUGGCCACUUAAACCGAAUAAUUAAUUAAACACUUAAAAGUGUUUGAUAUUAUUUAAUUAAAGUGAUUGAUUAAGUAUGCGGGCAGCAUGGUGUUACAGGGGUUAGUGCGUGUACCUCACAAUACAAAGGUCCUGGGUUCAAUCCCCGGGCUCAGGGUCUUUCUGUGUGGAGUUUGCAUGUUCUCCCCGUGAGUGCUUGGGUUCCCUCCGGGUACUCCGGCUUCCUCCCAAAACCUUGCAAGUUUUUACAAUAUAUGAUGGAAACUACAAGAAGAACAUCGAAGACAAAAGGACAUUUAGAAGACUGCAUAGAGAAGAGGAUGACUGCUUUCAAAAUUGAGCUACAAAAGCAAAAUUGGGACAAUGUGUACAAUGAAAAAGAGGUUGAUGAAGCAUAUGAACAUUUCUUAAACAAGUUCAUAAUACUUUAUGACAAACAUUGUCCAUGGAGACAACUCAGUAGUAAACAGAGAAAAAAUAAUCAACCAUGGAUGACAAAAGGAUUAAACAAUGCUUGUAAGAAGAAGAAUACACUAUAUAGAAAAUUUGUAGCACAAAGAACUACAGAGGCAGAAAUUAAGUACAAAAUGUAUAAAAACAAGUUAACAAACAUACUACAAUCUUGUCAAAAAGAAUAUUACAGUGAAUUAUUGGACAUGAACAAAAAUAAUAUGAGAGCAACAUGAGGCAUUCUCAAUAGCAUUAUUAAAAAUGGCACUAAGAGGGAUUACCCCCAAUACUUCUUAGACGGAAAUAAAAAUAAUGACAACAUAAAGGAAGUAGUUGAAAGCUUUAAUAAAUACUUUGCAAAUAUUGGACCAAAAUUGGAAGAAAGGAUUCCAGACCCAGUUUAAAUUGAGGACUAUAAUGAUACCAUAGAGCAAAAUCCCAACUCCAUGUUCCUCAGUAAUGUGACACAGGAGGAAAUAGUUCUAAUUGUAAAAAAAUGUAAAUCUAAGACUUCAACUGAUUGUAGCGGAAUUGAUAUGGAAAUGAUAAAAAAGGUUAUUGAAGAGAUCUCAGGACCAUUAAUGUAUAUUAGUAACUUAUCAUUUCAAACAGGUACAUUUCCAAACAAAAUGAAAAUAGCUAACGUUGCACCAAUUUAUAAGACUGGAGACAAACAUCAAUUUACAAAUUAUAGACCUGUUACUUUACUUCUACAAUUUUCUAAAAUCAUUGAAAAACUGUUCAAACAGAUUAGAGCAGUGGUUGUCAACCUUUUUUCAGUGAUGUACCCCCUGUGAACAUUGUUUUAAUUCAAGUACCCCCUAAUCAGAGCAAAGCAUUUUUGGUUUAAAAAAGAGAUGGAGUCAAAUACAGCACUAUUUCAUCAGUUUCUAAUGUAUUAAAUUGUAUAACAGUGCAAAUAUUGCUCAUUUGUAGUGGUCUUUCUUGAACUAUUUGGAAAAAAAUAUAUCAAAAUAACUAAAAACUUGUUGAAAAAUAGACAAGUGAUUCAAUUAUAAAUAAAGAUUUCUACACAUAGAAGUAAUCAUCAACUUAAAGUGCCCUCUUUGGGGAUUGUAAUAGAGAUCCAUCUGGAUUCAUGAACUUAAUGCUAACCAUUUCUUCACAAAAAAAGAAAUCUUUAGCAUCAAUAUUUAUGGAACAUGUUCACAACAAAUCUAGCUGUCAACACUGAAUAUUGCAUUGUUGCAUUUCUUUUCACAGUUUAUGAACUUACAUUCAUAUUUUGUUGAAGUGUUAUUCAAUAAAUAUAUUUCUAAAGGAU